AGGAGGAGGAGGUUCUGUGCGAAAUUACGGACUAAAUAAACAAAUAAACAUGGGGGUGAAAUGUAAAUUUUAAAAAUUGAUUUAAGCAGAGUGGAGACAGGGUUGUGAUUCUCUGAAUGUAAGCAUCCAGGAGUCUGUUAAGUCAAUGGGAUCAGUCGUGUAAGGAAUUUGACUCAAACCAAGAUUAAUGUCAGCUCUGCCAGAAGAAAUGACUUUUUCGAAUUUAACUGUUUCAGCCAACAAUGGCACACAGGAUGAGGACUUCUACAGGCCUUUUUCAGUUUUCAGUGUUUUAAUAUUAACUUUGCUUGCCAUGUUAGUCAUUGCCACUUUUGUAUGGAAUGUACUCGUCCUCGUUACAAUUCUCAGGGUAAGAACAUUUCACCGUGUCCCCCACAAUCUUGUUGCUUCAAUGGCCAUCUCAGAUGUGAUGGUGGCUGCCCUUGUGAUGCCUCUUAGUCUAGUUCAUGAGCUCAACAGCAGGCACUGGAAACUGGGGCGAGUUCUAUGCCAAGUGUGGAUCUCUUUUGAUGUCCUCUGCUGCACAGCUAGCAUCUGGAAUGUUACAGCUAUUGCCUUGGACCGAUAUUGGUCAAUUACCAGACAUUUAGAGUAUACACUAAAGACAAGGAAACGAAUAUCGAAUAUUAUGAUUGUGAUGACCUGGGUUUUGUCUGCAGUGAUUUCGCUUUCCCCCUUGUUUGGCUGGGGAGAAACCUAUUCAGAGGAGGCUGAACAAUGUCAAGUUAGCCAGGAACCAUCAUACACCAUAUUCUCAACAUUUGGGGCUUUUUACCUCCCACUUUGUGUUGUUCUGUUUGUGUACUGGAAGAUUUAUAAAGCAGCAAAAUUUAGGAUUGGAUCCCGUAAAACAAACACUAUUACACCCAUGGCUGAAGUGGUUGAGGUUAAAGAGGCCUCCCACCAGCCGCAGAUGGUAUUUACAGUCCGGCAUGCAACUGUCACCUUUCAGACUGACGGGGAUACUUGGAGGGAGCAGAAGGAAAGAAGAGCUGCGCUGAUGGUUGGAAUUCUCAUUGGAGUCUUUGUUCUUUGCUGGAUCCCAUUCUUCAUCACUGAGCUUAUUAACCCUUUAUGCUCUUGCGAUAUCCCACCAAUCUGGAAAAGUAUUUUCCUGUGGCUUGGCUACUCCAACUCCUUCUUCAAUCCUCUCAUUUAUACAGCUUUUAAUAAAAACUAUAACAAUGCCUUCAGAAAUCUUUUUUCUCGGCAGCGUUGAGAAGAGUUACUGUUUUCUGCAUUCUAUUUCUUGAAUAUGAACAAACAAAGUCUUCAGUGGCAUAUUUUAUAACAACUAACUGUAACUGUGUAUAAUGUAUGUGAAUGUUACAAGCCCAUUGUCACUGGAUUCGUGGCACUAUUUAUAUUUUUAUUGAAAAAUGUUUUUUUUUUAAUUUAAAUAUUUAUUCUGUUCUUUUAAGUCAUUAUCUUAUUCUCUGUUAAACUACUUAUGGUGUAAUAGUUAUUUCUGAUUUACACAAAAGUGCAGUUUGUAUUUUUUUUUAUUUUAUGAGAUUAUGAAAUCCUGAGCUUCUUGAAUCACGCAUUAUCUAAUAAUAGCAGCUCUUUAUCUUUGUUCUUUUAAAUUCUCUGUGAUUAGUUAUUUAAUGAGUCAUAAGAUGCAACUUUCAGCUAGUCUCCCAUUCACCAAUAAUUAUACCAAUCAAGUGGCUGAUCACAGAUUUUUAAUUAAUGGAUACAUCAAAGAUCAGAAAGGGAAAAUACUCAUAAGAUUUCUCAGGAUUCAUUAAUAACAGUUUGUCUCAGAAGUGAAACUUGAUUAUGGUAUUUGAAAUUUAGAAAUGACCAAAUAUAUGUGCCAAACCAACCCAAAUUUUAUGUCUUUCAUUUUCUGUGUCUUUAUUCAUGUAUUAAAAAAAAAUAAGCAAAUCAUAGUAUUCAGAAAUGUUUGCACUAAAAAUAGGGUUCCAUACUGUUAUAUAUUCCUGGUCAUCCCUAAUUUAUUUCUGUCUUACUGCUUUGACCAAUUAGUAGUAACAGAGUUAAUAUUACAACCAUAGUCAGCAAAUAAUUAAAAGCACUUAUCAUUAGCACAAUUUUCCCUGUAAACUGUUUAAUGACUUUCUAAUUUAAACAUUCCUCAUUGGUAAGAUUUAAAAAAAUUGUGAC